AUGAAGUUCCUGAUUGCUUUCGCUAGCUUGGCUCUCUUCGCUGUCAUCAAUGCCAGUCCUUAUGGCGGUCACUCCAGCUAUGGUGGCGGCCACUCUGGCUAUGGAAACAUUGCUUACGUUCAGGAUCAAGGCUAUGGCGGCUCUUAUCAUGGUGGUUAUGCCCAGCCUCUGCGCUCGAUCUCCUCCAACCCCCGUGCUGCUGCCGCUGCCGCUGCUUCAUCCGCUGACCUGAACCAGGGCUACUACAACAAGCAGGCCGUCAUUGGCUACGAGAUCGACGGCAGCUGGAACGGUCCCAGCCGUGGCUACGGCUCUCGUGGUGGUUAUGGCUCCAACCGUGGAGGUUAUGGCCGCAGCAGCUAUUAACUUGGCAAACGUCUAAACGUUGUUUGUUGCAAGACACAGCCGAAG